AUGGCAUCGAGCAUAGCAUCAUCUGUCCGUCCAAGUCUACGACAAGCUGCCCAACCCCCUUCACCCCACACUCCGAGUCGAUUUGCCUCCUCCAAUUUGUCCUCCCCAGGAUCAGGAUUCCGGCAAGAAGACGACGCAGUUAUCAUUGAAUUGGGGUCUCGCUACCUCCGAGCUGGAUUCGAGGGUGAACACUCCCCACAAUGUAUCCUGACAUUCGGACCAGAGGACUCGCGACGUGCGGGGGAUUAUAGAGGCUGGGCGCCAGGUCACCGAAGGAAGCAUUUCGAUAUUGAGGAAUGGGGACAACAGCAUGAGUUAUGGCGCAUGGACAUGAGGGAUGUGGACUUGGGUUUGGUGGAGGACAAGAUUGAACGGGCGAUCCGAGACGUUUACAACGAAUAUCUGCUUACGGAUGCUGGUUCAGCUCGGCUGAUGUUGGUCGUGCCGUCUAUCCUACCGCACCCGCUGCUAUCGACGGUACUCACGACGUUGUUCAAUCGGUGGAAAUACGCCUCGAUCACCCUACUGCCUUCACCCACCAUGGCCGCAAUGGGGGCAGGCGUUCGCUCCGCUGUAGUGGUUGAUAUUGGUUGGUCUGAAACGAUAGUCACAGCCGUGUACGAGUAUCGUGAGCUCCGUAUAAACAGGAGCACCAGAUCAAUGCGGUCGUUAUUGAGAGAGCUAGCUAGGACUUUGAUCGCACAUCGUCAGGGUCAGGGUGAUGAUGCGCCCCGGAUUGAAUUUGAGCUGGCCGAAGAGUUGAUGGCUCGGAUGGUUUGGUGCAAGCAUUCUGGAGCGACAACUGAUGGGGGGAGAAACACCUUGAACAGGGCCGAAGCCCAGGUUGACUCUACACCUUCAGAUACCACUGACGAGCGAGAAAUGGAAAUUGAAAUCGAUUGGCCCACGGGCGUGUCUUCUCAAAUUGUCACUCUGCCACUUGCGCUUUUCUCGCAACCUGUAGAGAAAGUCUUUCUGGCAUCAGACACAGCUUCGAACUAUCUUGAUGACAAUGAGCACUCUUUACCGAUGCUGGUGUAUGAAACUUUGCAACCUUUACCUCCUGAUGCCAGAGCCCUGUGCAUGUCUCGAAUUAUUUUCGUGGGAGGAGGUUCAAAAAUCCCCGGCCUUGCACCCAGAACUAUGUUUGAGGUUGAUCUACUUGUCAAAAAGUAUGGGUGGUCUACAAUACGCGGGAAGAGAGAAGACGAUCGCAGAGACAAGCUUCGAGAGAUUGGACAAGGGAGGGCUGGGAAGCCUGAUGCUCGAUUCCAGGAGCCUCUGCCUCCGGGUGAAGACUACAUCGAAGAGAAGCUGCGGAAACUACAGGCGAAAGAAGCUCUUCCGGUUGUGCAGGGUCAGCUGAGGCGAGUAGAGUCGUUGGGUGCCUGGGCUGGAGCGAGUCUUCUGGCAAGCAUGAAGGUCAAAGGAUUUGUCGACAUUGAGCGGGAAAGGUUUCUACAACAUGGUUUGGCUGGAGCCAGGAACAAUGUGGAUAUCAGUGUUGUUCCCCAGCGGACCAGCUCUGGGCCUGGCUUCACAAAAGCUGGUGAUGAGAGGAAGAGCUGGACGCUGGCAGGAUGGGCAUGA